GCUGUGAACUCAGUGUGGUAUACAGGGCUAGUGUAGUGCUGGGUGUGGAGCGGUCAGUGUGCUGUGGACUCAGUGUGGUAUACAGGGCUAGUGUAGUGCUGGGUGUGGAGCGGUCAGUUUGCUGUGUACUCAGUGUGGUAUACAGGGCUAGUGUAGUGCUGGGUGUGGAGUGGUCAGUGUGCUGUGUACUCAGUGUUGUUUUACUAGUGAGGAUGUUGCUGACUUCCUAUCUUCUCUUCAUUGGGCUUCAUGUCUCUGAAGGCUGCAUUCUGGUAAAAAGCAGUCAAACAUUGUUUAUCACAGCAAAUGCAGGAGGGUCAGUACUGCUGCCCUGCUACUGCACUGACCUACACACCAAACCUGAGACCUUCAGCUGGCAGAAAAACAGCGGAAAUAAAUGGGAAGAGAUAUCCAGUGAGAGUGGUCAGUACAGAGACAGAGUUCAGCUGGUUAACGGUCACUCUCCAGGAAAUCUCUCUCUACUCAUAUCACACCUGACGGAAGAGGAUGGAGGAGAUUACCAUUGUUAUGCAGACAAAAGUGGAUACUUAUUUGUCAGCCUUGAUGUUAAAGCCUGUUCUCUGGAAAACAGUGGAAUACCACUGAGUAUAUCAGCUCAUACAGGAGGGUCAGUACUGCUGCCCUGCUACUGCACUGACCCACACAGCAAACCUGAGAGAUUCACCUGGAACAAACUCAAGAAAACCAGAAACACAUGGGAAGAGAUAUCCAGCGAGAGUGGUCAGUACAGAGACAGAGUUCAGCUGGUUAAUGGUCACUCUCCAGGAAAUCUCUCUCUACUCAUGUCCCACCUGACUGAAGAGGAUGGAGGAUGGUAUAAGUGUGAUCUUGGAGGAUGUGAACACAUAGUCAUCAAAUUCACUGUUACAGUCUCUCCACAGUCUCUGCCCUUCGUCCCCUUCGCCUUGGUCACUGUGAUCUUUCUCCACAUUAUAGUAGCUGUGGUUUAUCACACCAAGAGAACCAAAGAUCCUGCCAGAGUUCACUACAGCACUGCUGAUGGAGAUGCAGUGGUCUGUCUGGGGUAGUGCAGAUCCUCUUCAGUGACAAUGUAAAAGAAUUUGUCCCAGGUGCUGUUGGCAUAAAGGCAACACAUAUAUCACAACACAACCCAUUGCUUUUUUACUGUUUUUAUUUUUACUAUAUUUUGAAAGGA